CGGUCCCCUAGCUCAUCUCGUUUAUCAGCUUUCGUAGCUGCUUCUCCUGUGAGUCGGUGUAGGCGGCUAUCAGUUUCUUCUUAAUUGUGUCGUACCUCUCUUUGUCUGGUGGGUUCGCUACGAUGUCUGUGACUGGCUGGAGUGUGCUCUAGCUUCCGGAUGGCUUCUUGCUGUUUUUCGAGUUGCUGUUGCAGUUCUUCGGCAGUCGGCAUGUUCGUACCCGUAGUUCUUCGAUCACGUCGGGAUGUUCGUACCCGUAGUUCAACUACAAAAAUGAUAACACGGCCCAAGGUUGUAUGUGUAUGUCCACGUGGAGGUCUUGAAGAGGAGAGGACGUCUGCACACGGUUUCUUUGUUGGUUGGGCCGGAGGUUUUGGGGUCACAGCCGGAGCUCACAGACUCUGGAGCCACAAAUCGUACAAAGCCAAACUCCCUCUGAGGAUAAUACUAAUCCUAACUUAUGCAACAGCGGGACAAAACAGAUUACGUGAAUGGGUAAGGGACCACCGAGGCCACCACAAAUUCAGUGAAACCGACGCUGACCCACAUAACGCCAACAGAGGGUUCUUUUUUGCUCACGUGGGGUGGUUAAUGAUGAAAAAGCACCCUGAAGUUUUAAAAAAAGGGAAACAGAUUGACUGUAGUGACUUGUUCGAAGAUUCCGUUGUAGUAUUUUUUGAAAAGUACUUCUGGCCUUUGAAGCUGUUCUUUUGCUUUAUUUUUCCAACUGCAGUGCCGUAUUUAGUGUGGAAUGAGAGUCUUUAUUGGUCUGUCAUGAGCACGAUCGCUAGAUAUGUGUCUGGGUUAAAUUUCACGUGGCUGGUUAACUCUGCAGCUCAUAUGUUUGGCAACAAACCGUAUAAUAGAAAAAUUCAACCAGCAGAGAAUUUACUGGUAUCCUUGUUGGCGAUGGGGGAAGGGUGGCACAAUUACCACCACACGUUCCCGUGGGACUAUAAGGCGGCCGAACUGGGAAACUAUCGCGUAAAUGGGACAACUCUCCUCCUGGACGCAUUCGCCAAAAUUGGGUGGGCCUACGACCUAAAAAGCCCAUCCAGAGAAUUAGUACAAAAGGUCAUAUUAAAUAAUGGUGAUGGUAGCCAUAGAUAA